CAGACAAGGUGACAGUCCAACAAAAUACUGCGAAUUCUGUUUGAAAUUUAGACAAAUUAUUAAUAAUUAAUAGAAUGUGAUUAUUGAUUUUCUUAUAUCUUUCUGCCUCCAGUUUUUUAAUUAAAAUUUUGUCCGGUAUUGGUAUAAUGUAGUGACCGCUAACUAGUAGUGAUGCUGACUGCGUACUUUAUGACUGUAUACUUCUCUACCGACGAAGCACAAACCUAGUGAAUUUUUGAUGAAUCUGUUUAUUCAGACAUUAAAUUGGUGUGCAGAAUAACCCACAUCUUCGUUUUAAAAGUGAAGUUGGACACAUUUCAUAUGUCUGAAGUAGUAACAUUCCAAGCACCCAGCAAACUACUAUGGAUGAAAUCUGCACGGCGUCUGAUUUAGUUAAAGAUUCACAGGAAAUUAUUUUUAAUACCGCAAAUGAUCUAGACAUACACAAUGAUUUUGAGUUUUAUGAUUCUGAAGAUUCUUUUUAUCAAACAUCACAAUCAACUUCAGUAUUAAAUAUAACAACUGCAGAUGAUUCUGUGUUAAAUGUAAAUGAAGAAUAUGUUAAUCCAACAAUAAUGAAUAAAAAACCAAGUGACAUUUCAGAAAUACGGACUGACUUUGUUGCAGUCAUAGAACCAGUAUUUUAUGCCUCAACACCAAAUAAUUCUAUUUUAUCAGUGAACAGAAAUAAUGUCCAUGACCAUCAUAGGAAUGAAGUAUUGACUACAGCACAAGAGGCUUCUGCCAAUGUAAUAAUUUCUCAACAUGACUCUUCUCGGCUAAACUCCAGUGAAGAAGUUAAAUCUUUGGAAAAAAUAAAUGACUAUCCUUUGACAACUAAGAACGUAACAAGUAAUACUACUAAUUGUGUGGUAAAUACGACAUCUGACAAAAGAUUUGCAGAAUUAAAAAUUGAUAGUAGCGAUGAUGAUUGUAACACUAAAAGCCAACUGUCCAUCGAUUCGGGAAAUGAAAGGUCGAGCCAUAAGUAUUUUAUCGAUUUGUCAAGUUUACCGGAUUCGUUGCCACCUAAAAAAACAAAUGAGUUAGAGCAUGUGCAUGAAAAAAGUAAGAUUUUCAACAUAUUUGUCGAUUUAGGUGAUAAGGCACCAGUAAAGGAGAUGCCCAGUAGACUGUCUUCCGCAUUGAACGUAAAAAAACAAAUCGAUAAAAGUCAACCAGCUCAAGUAAAACCUAGUAAAAUUUCAAAAAUAUUGAAUGCUGAAAAACGCCAGACUACAUCGAUCGAAAAAACCACAUUGUGUAACAAAUCUACGCUAUCUGAGUUUGAAGCAAUAGAAGCGUUAUGUAACGAUCCAAAUAUAAGUCUUAAUGAAAUAAUUCAUAUACCAAAAACAAAAAAGAAUAAAAACGAGAAAACAAGUUUGUCUCAAGAACCAUUUCGAAACCAAAGUGAGCAAAGCGAAUCUGCAGUAAGUAAAGAAGAUGUUUUUCAGAAGGCCGAUUCUUACGUAAAAUUGUCCGACUUGGAUAAUCCAGUGUCACAAACAGAUUUAUCAGCACGUCAUGAAACAGCAAAUGACGCCCGAAUGACUAGAUCUAUUCCAGACAAUAACUGGAGAAAACAAUAUCAGUCUACCUGUGUAUCGAUAGGAUUGCUAAGUUCUUUUCACUCUGAGAACGCAUUGAGCUUAAAUAGACUCUUUCCAAAUUUAAAGAACGAUAUCAGUAGAAGUAUGCCCGGGUCUUUGUCAGCCAGAACGUCUUUAUUAAAGUCUGGUAUAGUUCCAAGUCCCGGGGAGACUGACGAGCCUAAUAUGACGUCGGAUGUUUCGGAAAUAAGCAGUGUCCAAAGCAGUACAUGCCGCUCUAUCGUUGAGAGUACCACAGAAGAGUCAAGUCACGUAGCAAAUUUGAUUGUCAAUUGUCAGUCCCGUUUAGGGCAAGAUUUGCUUCGAAUGUUCAUAGAGGAAAUAGCGCCGGACGUUAUAGUAGAAGUUGCAGGAAAACGUAUUAAGGCGCAUAAAUGUAUUUUAUCUUCCCGAUGUCAAUAUUUCGCUCGUAUGCUUAGUGGAGGGUGGGUCGAAAGUGCUGGAAAUGUCAUUACUUUAUCAUUAUUUUCCUUUGAGGCCGUUCAUUUUGUGUUGUGCCACAUAUAUUCGGGGACGUCUGAUCUUCCUGACAGUAUACGUAUCGUUGAAUUGGCAGCUAUGGCGGAUAUGUUGGGACUAGAGGGACUCAAGGAAGCAAUUAUGGUCAAGCUUAAAGUCACUUAUUGUCAUAAUUUCCAUACGCCGUGCUCAAUUUGUAUUGUGGGCGUCGUCGAGUGCUUACCGCUAUCGGCUGUGUAUGGCUUGGACGAUCUGUACCGCAAAAUCUUAAGAUGGAUGACAAAGCAUUUCGCAACCAUUUGGCCGACGAAACCGUUCGCUACAUUACCAAAGGAGCUCUUGGAAAAAUGUUAUCAAGAGCAUGUUGUUAAUUUAUCAAUUGAUAAUUUUCUGGACACAGUGUAUGGAUGCGGAAGCAUAGUUGGUAGACUGGAAAAUACAAAAUGGGCUGAUAAAGUGGCUCAAAUGUGCCGACGGUUGGUCAACGCAGCCGCACAUUUCGCUGCACCGAAACUAGUUCAAAUCCUCGAAUUAAUCGCCACCGUUCCAAACGACUCAGCUACGCUAUCAAAGCAGGCUUUAAAAGACUGUUUAACAGCAGCUAUAGAAUGGGCACCACCAGGCGAAACCUGCAAAGCAUACGCAUUUCUAUCAAACUUAGUUAAAGUAAUUCGAUCAAAGGCAGAUCUGAUUUUAAAUAUUACCGGGAAGGUCGCAGAUCCUGAUAAUUUAUUGUACACAAACGCGAAUAAUUGGCGUUUGCAGUGUGAGAAUACAUUGGUCAGGGCCGCACCGCGCGUCGUUAGUACUCAAGCAUUUAAAGAUUUACCUUCGGAGUUAAGGAAGCGGCUGAGGGAACUUGGUUGUAUUGUGUAUGGUCAUCAAGCGAACCCUACAUUCUCGCCCAUUCCAGGAAGAUAUACCAAAAGCAUGAGUCAAACUAAAACUUGCGAGGAUGCAAUAAAGAGCCUUAAUAUGGAACACGUACGAAAGUCGUUCGUUCCCUACAAAGCGAAACCCUACACGGUAACCACAGAGAAAGUAAAGUGUGAGCGUGAAAAGAAAAAACCGAUUGUAGUACGAACGACGCGGGCGCAAGAAAAACGCGCUAUAUACAAUAUGUCGAAGACGGGACCAACGAAAUCGGCUUCACAGAAUCCGUCAGCGAAAACGCCGCGUUACCUUGACCCGAAUUCGUGUAGGGAUGCAAAGAUGCCGCAAAAGAAUUUUAUUAAUAAAGUUAUGUCGUCUACCGAGAGCUCCCGUAACUCGAGUCCCGUGCUUAAGAGGAAUGAGAAGAAGCAAGCUAAAGCUAUGUCCGAAGAUAGCCUCGCAACGACGUCGAGGCCGAGAACUGCAGAGCCUUCGACGGAUUCACUUAGCGAGUCGCAAAGUAACAAGUACGGCACCUACACUAAAACAAAACACGCUCUAAAAGGAUCUAUCGAAUCAGUAACGACGCAACAUAGCAUAACAUCCAAUAGAAACACGAGUACAAAAAUUCCUUUAUAUUCUCAUGCUGGCUCCAAAACUGAGAGCCAAUGUCGUCGUCAGAUUGCUCAAAAUGAACCGAAAACAAACAAAACACAAUCCAGUAGAAUGUCAACGAAUAUACCUAAACCGAAGAUAACAUUCCCUGGUUCCCUCAUGAUGGCUACUAAAGCCAGUUCGGCUAAAAUAGUGACGAAAGUUGUGAAGGAACCCGUCAAAACGAAGAAGGUGCCUAAAAAAGCAAAGGAUGUGGAAUCAAGGCCAAUAGGAAGAUCGGGGACGUUCUUAAAGGAUGAACCAACCUUCAGUGAAGAAUCAAGGUUAAUGAGCAAAUAAUUUUAUUUUCGUACUAGCCUUAUGCUGAAGCAUUAUACUUAAAGUUUAUUUUUAAAAUCACAUCAGUCGGACGCAUUUUCUGUAGACACUUAAAUUGUUAUUAUAAGCGAUCUUGUGACGACGUAUUUUUUUCACACCUAUAAAAGUUUUAUGGCUAAGUAUGUCAAAUAGAAAUAAACUAUUCCUUAGUUAGUUUGUGAUUAACGCUUCAGGCUUGAAUUCAUCUUAUUGUUUUUAAGACCGAAGCAAGGACAGCUAUAAAAAACAUAAAUAGUCUCAUCCCUUAAUUUUUUAUUUUUAGUGAUAUUAUAGUUAUGCGUUAAGAAUGACUAGUCUCGAGACUUCGUUAAUUUGUUAUAGUUUUACAUUUAUUUACUACAUUACUUUUUUAAGUCUAGUUCUUGACAUUCCAAACAAGUUCGACGUAAAAUAUAAUUAGAUAACAAAUAUUUUUUUUACUAUAUUUUAUAUACUCUUUAUUGUCUUUAAUUUAUCGUAUUGGCUCUUUUUCUUCACUUUUGUUUCAUAGCAUAUAUUUUAUAUGAGAUUCUAUAUGCUUACGUGUGUUAACUAUACGUUAAGGUGUUUAUUGACAUUGUAAUUUAAGAUGGUUAACUUAGUAUUAAGUGAUAAAUUUAUAGACUUUCUUGACAUUUUGUUUUUUUCUACGCUGUUACAUUUUCUUUAUUGGUUUAUAAUUGUAGUAGUAGUAAAAGUAUUUGCAUUGACACUUCAAGACAUAAUUUUUAUUUAACUUUACAAUUGUAUGUUGGUACUUUGAUAUUCUUGACACGUAUCGCCAUAGGUAAUUUGUAAAAAUAAAGGCUGGCCCUCAGUUAAUGCUGAUUUGUUACAAAGGAUGAUUACACCUAUGAAACAAAUCAAGGAACUUAAUAUAUCAAGUACUUAAAAUUAAAAGUAUCAUUUUUGUUUUUUAGUUUUUAAUGUAAGUAUAGUUUUUUUUUAGAUAUACUUUUAAAAUGAUCUCAAGGAUGCACAGUAUUUAGUUGUUUGUUCAAGCAUCAGCCAUUUUUAGAGACUAUUAUUUUUCUAUAUAAUUAAAGUACGCUAAGCUAAGCUCUAGAUAUUGUGAUUAUUAUUCGAAGACUAAAGCAAUCGACUUUAACCUGAAAGGGCUUAUCAAUACAACCUAUAAGUAUUCUGUGUUGCAUUUCUGCAAUUUUAUUUACUACUACUUUAACUUUUAGUACUGAUUAUAUAGUUAAAUGUACAAUAGUUAGAUGUUUUGCUUGAUGUUUAGUCUCGAAUAAAAAACGUAAACAUGUUAUUGUAAUUUUUAUUUUUCAACAAUAUAAAUAAAUUUUCAAUCGCA